CCCGCCCAAAGGGUUCCCUCGCUGUGUCUGAAUGACUUAGCUCCAGCCCGGGCAAGAGAUGUUAACAGCCAUGUUCCUUAGGAGCCCAUAUGUUUCCCCCGCCUUAUCUCCCUCCCUCCCGCCACCCUCAUAAUUGGCUUUUACUGCAAAUCAAACCUGAUAGAAACACUUGUUUACCUGAACCUUGUGGUCUCAGGCCGCCGCCCUGGGGAAAGGCGCGUGUGUGUUAACUGCAGUGUGUGCAAAAGGAGGCGAAAGCUUGUAAGACAUGGGAGGCGGGGUACCCGAGUCUCAGCCUUCAUAGCCAGAUCCAGGGGGCUUCCUAUCAGCGGGGUUGGUUUAUUCUGCAUCCCAGAUGAGAUUUGUUUGGCGCUAAACGGUGGGGAUUAGCCUGCGAGAUCCCGGGCAGGGAAAGCUCCCUUUGCCCCUGGCCAGGCUGAGUGCCUGAUAAGAGGUGGAUUAGGAGAGUUAGACAGACCAAUAGCGGCUGCCAGUGGGUGUAUUUGUUAUUCACAUGGAAGAGACUUCGCGUCGUGCUCUGGAAUCGCUGUCUCGUUCAGCACCAAGAACAGCUACAAGUGCAGCUCCUCGCGCGCCGGCAUGCAUUGAAAUGGGGCUAAGGGCCACCGAGCCGGCUCCUUCCCAGCAGCUUCUUCCCGAGCCAGGGGUGUUCCAGGUCCUGGAUGAAGCAUGGAAUCUUGCUCUAAACUACAGCUGGUGGCCAGAGAUUUGAGCUCUGGUGAAGAAACUCCUCUAGGCUGACCUGGAAAAUUUCACUGCUCUUCUUCACCUGUUAGACCGGGGGUGAAAAAUCAAGUCUGAAAGGAGUACCUCAGCUGCAGGGCAAAAUGCAAGGACAUGAGUCGCUGACUUCCUCCCAACAUCAGAGCCAUAGAUAUUAAUCUAUAUUUCAACAUCAGUCUACAAUAGCUGAAAACACCUCACCACAAAACAAAUUAACCCAUGGUACUGAUGGGCGUUUUUUGUAAAACAUAUUUUAAGAACUUUUGCUGAGAUCUAUUUUCUACUUGUGGCGCAAUUCUAUAUUGUUACUUAUUGGGCACUGAUGGUAGCUUUCAGAAGGUGCUGCUUCAAAUGGUCCACCUCCUCUUUUAGCAAGAAGGAACUUCGGGUCUUGGAUAGCAACAACAUCUUCAGGAAAAAUGCUAUACGAAGGAAAGCGGCUCGUCUCCUGCCAUUGUUUCUUCCUAUUAACAGCCAAAUUCUACUGGAUACUCAGUACGAUGCAAAGAACUCAUGGCCAGGAAUAUGCCCACUCUAUUCGACUGGAUGGGGACGUCAUCUUGGGAGGACUGUUCCCUGUCCAUGCAAAAGGGGAUAGAGGGGUGCCUUGUGGGGAGCUGAAGAAGGAGAAGGGGAUCCACAGACUAGAGGCAAUGCUAUAUGCAAUAGAUCAGAUCAAUAAGGACCCCGAUCUUCUUGCCAAUAUCACUUUAGGAGUCCGGAUCCUAGAUACUUGUUCCAGGGACACUUAUGCAUUGGAGCAGUCCUUAACAUUUGUGCAAGCUUUGAUAGAGAAAGAUGGUUCAGAUGUGAAAUGUGCUAAUGGAGACCCGCCUAUUUUCACUAAGCCAGACAAGAUAUCAGGUGUAAUAGGUGCUGCUGCAAGUUCUGUAUCCAUCAUGGUUGCUAAUAUUUUAAGACUUUUUAAGAUACCUCAAAUCAGCUAUGCAUCUACAGCUCCAGAAUUAAGUGAUAACACCAGGUAUGACUUUUUCUCUCGAGUGGUUCCACCUGACUCAUAUCAAGCCCAAGCCAUGGUUGAUAUUGUGACAGCACUUGGAUGGAACUAUGUGUCAACACUGGCUUCAGAGGGAAACUAUGGAGAGAGUGGUGUAGAAGCAUUUACUCAGAUCUCGAGGGAAAUUGGUGGCGUUUGCAUCGCUCAGUCACUAAAAAUCCCCCGUGAACCAAGACUGGGAGAAUUUGACAAGAUCAUCAAGCGCUUGUUGGAAACUCCUAAUGCUCGAGCAGUGAUCAUGUUUGCAAACGAGGAUGAUAUUAGGCGAAUAUUAGAAGCAGCCAAAAAAACUAAUCAAACUGGACAUUUUCUUUGGAUUGGCUCAGAUAGUUGGGGGUCAAAAAUUUCACCUGUUUACCAACAGGAAGAGAUUGCAGAAGGAGCAGUCACCAUUCUUCCCAAAAGAGCUUCUAUCGAUGGAUUCGAUAGAUAUUUUCGGAGCCGUACCCUUGCUAAUAAUCGAAGAAAUGUGUGGUUUGCAGAAUUUUGGGAGGAGAAUUUUGGAUGCAAGUUAGGAUCACAUGGAAAAAGAAACAGCAAUAUCAAGAAAUGCACAGGCUUAGAAAGAAUUGCAAGAGAUUCAGCUUAUGAGCAAGAAGGAAAGGUCCAGUUUGUAAUUGAUGCUGUAUAUUCCAUGGCCUAUGCACUACAUAGCAUGCAUAAAGAGCUCUGUCCUGGAUAUAUUGGUCUGUGUCCAAGGAUGAGCACGAUUGAUGGUAAAGAGCUACUUAGUUAUAUCCGGGCUGUAAACUUUAAUGCAGUUUUGCUCAGUGUGGUCAGUGAAAGUCCAACAAACAAGACCCAGAGUUCAGAGGUACAUUCAUGGAGUGCUGGAACACCUGUUAUUUUCAAUGAAAAUGGAGAUGCACCUGGGCGCUAUGAUAUAUUUCAGUAUCAAAUGACCAACAAAAGUGCAGAAUACAAAGUAAUUGGUCACUGGACAAAUCAACUUCAUCUAACCGUAGAAGACAUGCAGUGGGCUAGCAGAGAUCAUACUCAUCCAGCAUCUGUUUGCAGCCUGCCCUGUAAACCUGGGGAAAGAAAGAAAACAGUAAAGGGAGUGCCUUGCUGUUGGCACUGUGAACGCUGUGAAGGGUACCAUUACCAAGUGGAUGAGCUCACCUGUGAACUGUGCCCAUUUAAUAAGCGACCAAAUGCCAACCGCACAGAUUGCCAGCUUAUUCCAAUAAUCAAACUAGAAUGGCAUUCUCCCUGGGCCAUCGUGCCUGUGUUCAUAGCUAUUCUCGGAAUUAUUGCAACCACCUUUGUCAUCGUGACAUUUGUCCGCUACAAUGACACACCCAUCGUCAGGGCAUCUGGCCGCGAACUCAGCUACGUGCUAUUGACUGGGAUUUUUCUCUGUUACUCUAUCACUUUUUUAAUGAUUGCCGCUCCGGACACAGUGAUCUGCUCAUUUCGACGGCUCUUUUUAGGACUCGGCAUGUGCUUCAGUUACUCUGCCUUGCUCACAAAAACUAAUAGAAUCCACAGAAUAUUUGAGCAAGGUAAAAAAUCUGUCACAGCUCCAAAGUUUAUUAGCCCGGCUUCCCAGUUGGUGAUCACUUUCAGCCUCAUAUCCAUGCAGCUUCUUGGAGUCUUCAUCUGGUUUGCUGUUGAUCCACCACAUAUCGUAGUAGACUAUGGAGAGCAGAGGACACUUGAUCCAGAAAAUGCCAGGGGAGUUCUCAAAUGUGACAUUUCUGAUCUUUCUCUCAUUUGUUCCCUUGGAUACAGUAUUCUCUUGAUGGUCACAUGCACUGUGUAUGCUAUUAAAACAAGAGGGGUUCCAGAGACCUUCAAUGAAGCAAAACCCAUUGGAUUUACUAUGUAUACCACCUGCAUAAUUUGGUUAGCUUUUAUUCCCAUCUUUUUUGGUACUGCGCAGUCCACAGAGAAGAUGUACAUCCAGACAACAACACUUACUGUCUCCAUGAGUUUAAGUGCUUCAGUAUCUCUGGGCAUGCUCUACAUGCCCAAGGUUUAUAUUAUCAUUUUUCAUCCAGAGCAGAAUGUUCAAAAACGGAAGAGGAGCUUCAAGGCUGUUGUGACAGCUGCUACAAUGCAAAGCAAACUGAUCCAAAAAGGAAAUGACAGACCAAAUGGCGAGGUCAAAACUGAACUGUGUGAAAGUCUUGACACCAACACUUCCUCUACCAAGACAACAUAUGUCAGCUACAGCAAUCAUGCAAACUGAGCAGGGAAAUGAAACACACCUGAAGUAUGUGAAAAUUAAAAAAAAAACAAUGAAUUUACUACCACCAAAACCUCGGUCUUGGAAAGAGCUGUAGACUCCAAUCGACUCAAUAGUCAGUCUCUUAAUGGACAAAGAUUAACCACGAGCCAAAAGCAGGAGGGGCGGGGAAGGGAAAAGCUCGGUUUUAUACAAUUCAGACCGAAUGUCAAACUUCUGAACUGGUUACUCACAAAAGGAAGUAAAUCACAAAAGGAAAACAAAUGUUAGCUUGUGAAAAAAAAAUGCUGUUGAAAUAAACCAUGUCUGAUGUUAUACUUGUAAGUACUUUUUUGUGAUUGUGAGAAUUUCCAUUCCUGUCCCACAUUGUUCAACUUGUAUAAGAAGAUGAGUUUGUUUCUUGUUAUGACUGACUGAAUCGAAGCCGUGGGUUGUGCUAAACUAAAUACAAGGAUUGACG